UAGAUGUUUUGUGUCAGUUGGGUUUUUUUUUUCUGGUUUUUUUUUAAAGUAAGUUGCCAAUGUAUAUAGAUGGCAAGUCAGAAGGAACUGGCUUGUAACCAGUGCACAGGGACGACUACAGCUCUACAGAGACUGGAAGGCUUUGCUAAUCGACUUUUUAAUAGGCAAUCUAGGGGUGCUGCUCAUGAACAGAAAGUCUCUCUGGAAGAUGAGAGCCAUCAUUUCUCUGAAUUCACUGCCUUGUGGGACAGAUCAAUGAAAGAGUUCCUAGCCAAAGCCAAAGAAGAUUUUUUAAGAAAAUGGGAAAGCCCUCCUCAGAAUACUGCUGGCCUAGAUGAUUUUGAGAGACAAAAAACCCUUGGAACGGGGUCAUUUGGGAGAGUUAUGUUGGUAAAACACAAAUCCACAGAACAGUAUUAUGCUAUGAAGAUACUGGACAAACAGAAGGUUGUCAAACUGAAGCAAAUAGAACACACGUUGAAUGAAAAGAGAAUAUUACAAGCAGUAAAUUUUCCUUUCCUUGUAAGACUGGAGUAUUCUUUUAAGGAUAAUUCUAAUUUAUACAUGGUUAUGGAAUAUGUCCCUGGUGGCGAAAUGUUCUCACAUCUAAGAAGAAUUGGAAGGUUCAGUGAACCGCAUGCACGGUUUUAUGCAGCUCAGAUAGUGCUAACUUUUGAGUACCUCCAUUCAUUAGACCUCAUCUACAGAGAUCUAAAGCCUGAAAAUCUUUUAAUUGAUCAACAAGGAUACAUACAGGUCACAGACUUUGGGUUUGCAAAAAGAGUAAAAGGAAGGACUUGGACGUUAUGUGGAACUCCAGAAUACCUGGCACCUGAAAUAAUUCUCAGCAAGGGUUACAACAAAGCAGUGGAUUGGUGGGCGUUAGGAGUUUUAAUCUAUGAAAUGGCAGCUGGAUAUCCUCCAUUCUUUGCAGAUCAACCCAUUCAGAUUUAUGAAAAAAUUGUUUCUGGAAAGGUACGGUUCCCAUCACACUUCAGUUCAGACCUAAAGGAUCUUCUACGAAAUUUACUCCAGGUAGAUUUGACCAAACGAUAUGGAAAUCUCAAGAAUGGUGUAAAUGACAUAAAGAACCACAAGUGGUUUGCUACUACAGAUUGGAUUGCGAUUUAUCAGAGAAAGGUAGAAGCUCCAUUCAUACCAAAGUGCAGAGGCCCAGGAGAUACCAGCAACUUUGAUGACUAUGAAGAAGAAGAUAUUCGUGUGUCUCUAACAGAGAAAUGUGCAAAAGAAUUUGCAGAUUUUUAGUACAUGUAAGAGGACAAGAUGACAUCAGGGCUCACAUUGGGAUCUUUGCACUCUGUUAACUGAUGAGUUGGAGCUGAGACCGUCAUAUGUCAAAACAGUUACCUAGUUACUUCAUUCCACAAAGCUGACUGAGGUCUUUAUUGCCAUCUUCCAUGUGUGCAGUUUGCACCAACCCUUAUAACUAGGCACAAUUAAAUAAGCACUGCUUGUGCUGUAACACACAAUACUAGACCACUUUCCUACUUACCUUUUGUUUCUGUUGUUCCUUUGUUUCUGUGUAUUGUUCAUUUCCCCCCUUUUAAAACAAAGUAGUUUUUUACCCACGAAUGCUCCAUUUUAUUUUGAAUAAUGUAUUAUUUGUGCGAGUGAAAUGGAAGGUGUUGCAGCUAGUGUGAUUUAGACUGAAGUGAAAGAUAAGUGUUGCUUCUAGUCUGUGCCAGCAAAUAUUUCAUGUCUGUCUUGUGUCUGAGGCUACAGUUUAUAAUAACUUUCUUAGUAGCUCAGACUAAAUCUAGCCAGCAUUUUUAGCAUUUUUGAAGGUAGUAUUUAUCGCCAUAUAAGUGUAUGCUAAAUUAACUUAAAAACCCUUCUUCCUGGAGACUGACCAAAUUUAGGUGGAAUCAGUUGGACAGCUUAAGUAGGGGACAGUAGCUAGACCCUGUGCCUUGGUUUUCUACAUACUUGUAGUUCUCUUCACUGGCUCCUUCCUUUGUGUUCCCCACCUGGGCAGUAAAUAAAUAUGCCAUAACCAGACUGUGCCAUGGGAACCACACAGUCUCUUGAACAGGAGCAGUUCUACUUGGUCUGGGCUUUGGACCAUAUUCAAUCAAGUGAAUUGCCAGCAUUUCAGUUGGUAGGUGUUAAAUGGAUUGUAGCACCAUAAAUCCUAAAUUCUUAAAGGAAGUUUUGGUCAGUAUUGUAACAGCAUAUGACUAAUCUUUUAAAAAUGCCAAUGUUGGGGUUCCUAAAGUAUUACUUGUUUCAAACCUUUUUAAUUUUAAAAAAGGCAUCAAUUUAAAAAAAAAUGUAAAAAAUUGCUCUGCUAUUAGCUAUAAGAAACAUGGGUUAACAAAUGCAUUUAAUGUAAUGGAUGUAUUGCUAGAUGAACAAGAUUAUCUUUUGGUUAGCUGUUUAAGAAUAAAGGUUAUUGCCAAGUUUUUAUUCUGGUAUACUAUAUUAGUAAACCGAGGAUGGAGUACUGCUGUGAUUAUUUUGCUUUUACAGUGCUUCGUUCAUGUGAAAAAGAGACAAAGUUAAAAACUGCCAGUUUUUAGUUAUGUUGUGUCUUCAUUUCUAGUCUACUUUCUUUCAAUGAAAUGGAAUGUACGGUCACACAGAUAAGUAUUUGGCUUAAUUAUGUUUGUAUACUCUCACCAACUGACUUAAAAGAUAUUGCUACCCUGUGUUAGCUUUCAGCACUUUUACACAUUUAUUUCAGUGUUUGUUAAUAAUCAGUGACUCAGCACUUUUUUUUUGCUUUUAAAUUUAUCCAUACCAGUUUUAUUUGUACACUUGAUUCUGGCUAUCCCAGUGACCUGUCUUAAAACAGCACAUUUAAACGGUUUAAAAUAAACUAGGAUCAUAUUUUAUGAUCAAUUUGUGUGCAUAUACAAGGAUGAAUUGUUUUUAUUAAAGGUGAGCUAUAUUGAUGCAUAGCCAUUGUAUUUCUUUAAAUGUCAGAUAAACCACUGACACUAUUUCCUUUUAAUCUGUAUGACACUUCUUUUAAAAAAAGAAGAAGCCUUUUUAGACAUUUUACAAGCUAGUUUGAAAUGUACCAUCCAACAUUCUGUAUGUUUAGGUUGUCAAGCAUCUUUGCACAACGUCAUUAGGAGGCUGUCACUGAUCACAGUCUUUGUCCACCCAUAUUUACAUACGUGCAAGAAAGUAUAAGAGACUUUGCUGUAGCAAAUUUUAUGUAACAAAAAGAUAUAUCAUCACGUUAAUAAAUUUAAAAAAUUCUUUGUAUGAAAACAUUAAAAUCUUUUGUAUUUCAUUUAGACUGAGGACAUGCUGUUGUAUGCUAGCUGUACGCGAUAAAUUCUACAGUAACUUUGUUGUCAUUUAUGAACUUUAAAAGAUUUUAAUAAAUGCUGGAGAUCACAAUUUAAUUCUGUUAUGAUUUUAAUUUUCAGUCAUUACAUUUAUAAUUAUAAAAAAGCUUCCAAGAUUUUCUGUUCUGUAAAAAAUAAA